GCCCGAGGACAGCAGUGAAACAUGUUCUUUUCUGCGAGCAGUGGUGUUCCAGGUCGAGGGACACGGGGCCAGGAGGCCCAGCCAGAGCAGACCGACGGCGGCUGGGAUUGGUGUUUGGACCGAAGCCCUUGUUCAUCGAUGAUGGAGAUGGAGCCGGAGAAAGUCAACGUGCGGAGGGGGCUGAGCGCAGACACGUCCUCCUACCGCUGUGCCACCUGCCAUGGGGAUGAGGACGCUCUGAUGGGCCACCCCAUCCGGGGUCGCGCCAAGUCCCGCAGCCUGUCUGCCUCGCCCGCCCUGGCGAGCACCAAGGAGUUCAGGAGGACCCGCUCUCUGCACGGGCCAUGCCCCGUGACCACUUUUGGACCAAAGGCCUGUGUGCUGCAGAACCCGCAGACCAUCAUGCACAUCCAGGACCCUGCCAGCCAGCGGUUGACGUGGAACAAGUCCCCGAAAAGCGUCCUCGUCAUCAAGAAGAUCCGGGACGCCAGCCUGCUACAGCCCUUCAAGGAGCUCUGCGUGUACCUGAUGGAGGAGAACAACAUGAUCGUGUAUGUGGAGAAGAAGGUUCUAGAAGAUCCUGCUAUCGUCGGUGACGACAGCUUCGGGCCCGUGAAGAAGAAGUUCUGCACCUUCCGAGAAGACUAUGACGACAUUUCCAACCAGAUCGAUUUCAUCAUCUGCCUUGGCGGGGACGGGACCCUGCUCUAUGCCUCCUCGCUCUUCCAGGGCAGCGUGCCUCCCGUCAUGGCGUUCCACCUGGGCUCGCUGGGCUUCCUGACGCCCUUCAACUUUGAGAACUUUCAGACCCAAGUGGCUCAGGUGAUACAGGGGAACGCAGCCAUUAUUCUCCGGAGCCGGCUGAAGGUCAAGGUCGUGAAGGAGCUCAGAGGGAAGAAGAUGGCCAUCCCUAACGGGGUCACUGAGAAUGGGGUGCUGGCCUCGGACUGGGACACGGAGGCCGGGAAGCAGGUCAUGCAGCACCAGGUCUUAAACGAAGUGGUGAUUGACAGAGGCCCCUCCUCCUACCUGUCCAACGUGGACGUCUACCUGGACGGGCACCUCAUCACCACGGUGCAGGGUGAUGGCGUGAUCGUCUCCACCCCAACGGGCAGCACGGCGUACGCAGUGGCGGCCGGGGCCUCCAUGAUCCACCCCAACGUGCCGGCCAUCAUGAUCACUCCCAUCUGUCCCCACUCCCUGUCAUUCCGGCCCAUCGUGGUCCCUGCAGGAGUCGAGCUCAAGAUCAUGUUGUCACCGGAAGCAAGGAACACCGUGUGGGUGUCCUUCGACGGACGGAAGAGGCAGGAGAUCCGCCAUGGAGACAGCAUCAGCAUCACCACCUCGUGCUACCCGCUCCCCUCCAUCUGCGUGCGCGACCCGGUGAGCGACUGGUUCGAGAGCCUGGCCCAGUGUCUGCACUGGAACGUGCGCAAGCGGCAGGCUCACUUCACGGAUGAGGAGGGGGAGGAGGAGAGCUAGCCUCCCCGCUGCGCUGCACGUGUGGUCCGGUCACGUGCCCUGCAGGCAUCAGGUGCCACGUCUUCUGUCUGUAGCCAGAGAAGGAGCCCAGACUCUGCCUUUGUCCGCCGGAUCAGCCGUUUUUAGCAUUUUAAAUCUGACCUUUUUUGCAUUUCUAUAUAAGCCACGUAAGCGACAGUCAGGCCCAUCCCACGAGCUGCACGGGCUCUCGUGUUCUCUGUUAGGAAACCACGGGUCAGCCUGUCACACUGAGAGGGAGCAGAGUGGAGGGACCUGUCCUUGGAGUUGAAAUAAGUGUCUCACAGCCGAGUCUUCCUUUGGCCACAGGCUCCCCUGUCCGCACCUCCCCGAGCCCCCAGGGGAGCACCUGUGAGGAGCAUUUGGGAGCUUGUCACAGGCUGGUGGGCGGAUGGGCCCCGCCUCCUACCCCAGCUUUGGUGUGACAGGGCCACAGAGUGAGUGUCACCCGGGAGCCUGGGCCAGGUGAGGUCAGGUCGGCCCACACAUUCCUCAGGAGUGAGUCGGCCCGCCCAGCGGGCAGUCUCAGGUUCUCGUGCUGGUGCGCAGGGAGGACCCGGAGGAGGGCGCCCUGCCCUGACGCGGAGCCUCAUCCUGUGUGCUCUGUGACGGGGGUGGGACCUCUGUCUAGUCCGCCAUGGCCGCCGUGCGGUGACUCAUUUAGGAGCCUUGGGUCUCCCCAGUUGUCACGGGAAGAUUGGGACAAGCGUGUGUACGCGGAAGGGAGUGCUGAUGCUUCCUGCGGGCCCUGGGGUUCAAGGACACCCCAUCAUUCCAGCAUCGCCCUCCCUCGGCCCGCUGGCUGGGGCGUGUGCAAGCAGGUGCACAUUUGCCAUGCGGGACAGAGCCUGUGUGGAGUCCAUGGUUGGAGCUGAGGCUCAGUGUGCAUGUGGCCUUGGCCCCCUGCCCUGCAGACAGGCUCAGUGGGGCCUUUGAGUAACGAACGGAUUUCUCUGUGGGUUUCCAUCAGCUGCACAGGGAGAAGGAAGGGCUCAGCACCGCCCUGGGCCUCAUGUUGGGCGAUGGCGGGCAGGGUCUUCCCCCUGCAGGGACGCAUGUCCCAGUCUUGUGCUAAUGAGGUGUCCAGAGCCACAUGCGUGGCCACCCUCAGCCAGGCCUCCGUGCCUGUGUGGGCAUGUGUGGAUGGAGUGCUGUGCCCACUCUUGUCCCUGCUGGGGCACCUCAGCACCUGGACCUCAGUGGUGCUUGGCACUCGGCCUGGUGUUGGACACAGGUGGGCUCCCUGCCACCUGCCCACCCACCUGGGGGCUGGCCUGCGGGCUGAGGGAGCAGAACCCAAGCCCCGCCCGCCCUGAAGCAGAUGAUGUUGGGAUGGUCUAGAAAGCUAUGGGUUUUUGAAGUAAAUUCUUAAUGUUUCAUAUUGUUAAUAUCCUGAAAAUUUAUUAAAUGUUGAGAGCCUUAUUACUAUUUUCAGAUCCUUUCAAUAAACAGACUUCUUUAAAAA